UUGAUUAAAGUUAGCAGAGCCUGGCUGGGUACUGCUGUUUCACAUUUGGUUAAGAACAGCUGCUGUCACUACAGCUGUGCAUAUGCUUUAGAAGAAGGUACUUCACCAUGUGGGCUCUGGGGCCACGCGAGGGGUCUACAUAUGUGUGUGUGUAUAUGUAUCUUUACUACAUUUCCAAUUCAGCAAAUAAUGCAGACUCUUAUGUGUACACUUCAGCUGUGUAAGUUUAAACAUUUUUGAACAUACUGCGGUCCUCGCUGCAGCUGAGAGCACUGUACUGUACUGACAGCCAGCACUUUUCUGGUUAUGUUUACACUACCGGGGCCACUGAUUCCAUUAGUCAUACUAAGGCUGCUCUCUUUCUGUGUCUCUCUGUUGCUCUCUCAAAUCUUCCGGCUUCCUAGUUUCCACUGAAGCCAUGGCAGUUCUCUCUCUGACUGGGGAGGGAACUGGCUCACCUUUCCCCACCUUUCCCCUGCUCUCUUUCUUGUUUAGUCCAUCUCCCCCUCCUCUCCCCCUCCCCCCUCUGAAGUCUUGAGCCAGGUAAAGCUGCUUGUUAUGUAGGUCGCCAUGUAAACAGAGCUGCAGUAACUAGCCAGUCGCGUCCAAAGUAUACACACAUGUACAAAUGAACACACAGAUUCAAUGCACGCACUCACUAACGCUCAACACGCACAGAUUUUUACCUUUUCCAGAUGGCUUAUUUGAUAUAGCCUGACUCAUGGGUAAGUUGUCUGCAUCUAGGCCAACAAAGCUUUUGUUGUUUUAGGAUGAGCUCUGCAGGAAGCUGGGGUUUCCUCUGUAGCUGAUACUGGUAAUGUUUUAAAAUAACAAUGACUGUCUCAACCUAACAUGACCUGAAGUGAUUCACAGAUCAUUAUUUACACUGUAAAACCGGGAUGUGCUGGUCAUACUAGCACCUACCUUUAGCAGUAUUAAUGUUUUCACAAUAACAAACAGUUUUGCAUAAAGAUUUUUACAUCAAUCCAGUCUUUUAAACCUUUUUUUUUUUACUUGGCAUCUAUAUAAGUGCUUUAAUAUUUUACAGACAGAUUAGUAUUGACACUACUAUAGACUAAGUUAAAGUGUUUUCCCCUUUUACAUCUGCCUCUUAACUGGUGAUGAAAACUGACUUUUUAGAUCUGCAGAGUUCGAUGUGGUUAGAUUUUGGUGGUGAAUCAGAAUCUGGUAUUUCAAGACGUUGUAAGAAGACUCAUUUGAUGCAGCUGUAGUUGGGAAUAAAACGGUUCAGGUGAACCCUUGUAUCCCACUGUCCAGUGUGUGUUUGGUCAACAUUGAGAUGUUUCUUGGAGCAACAUCUCAGAUUCUAGUAAUUGCAGGAAGUCCGUCCACUGGCCCAGGGAGGACUGCAGGGGAGGGUGCAGACUGGCGCCGAGGCAUUUUGGACCUGUUGGUGUGGAACUGUUGGUGGGCAGAUCGACCGCUGUUGCCCUAGCCUUACCCUAGCAUUGCCCUUGCAACUGCCACGCCGGCUUGGCAUCCGCUUAUAGAAGUUAUCCUCAUCUCCUCCCACACUGCUCCUCUCAUUUUUCAGCUCACAUGAGGACAGGACCCACUUUAGAGUGGUGGUGGUCUGAGUUUCUUUAAACAGUAGGCGGCUGUCUCUGUCUUUCUUCAUGUGUAUCCUGCAGCGCAACGUAACACCAUGCAGCUGCCUAUUCAAAUACAGUACAAUACACUAAUGUACAGGAAGCCGAAGGCCCCAAAAGAUUCCUUAUCUACGGACAUUAGUAAUUUCCACUUUUUUUUAUAUAUACACCAUUGUCUAAACUAAUACUAAAAUCUAAAUCAGAAAGUCCUACAGAUAGCAUUUCUAUCUGAUAUGAAUGUUUCCUGUUCUCUGGCCUACUGCAUUACUUCUAUAUAUCACAGUUCAUCCUCACUGGUGACAAAGAAGAAUUUUGUUUUGUAGAAGUAAACCCUUUAGUCAUAAGGGAGAUAAUCAUGGCGCAGCUAUCAGAUUCCCUAGAAAGAGGAGACGGUGUGGUGGAAUUCACACCACAAGAAGCUAAAGACAUGCAUGACCAUGUAUAUAACCUUUCACAGUAUUGCAAACAUUUAGGCCAUUACAUACCGCGUCCGAGGCUUAUGUUCUGUUAAUGGCAGAUUAAAACUGUUUUCAGAGCAGUGCAUUGCAUACCGCAUCACUACGAUACUGCUGUGGUGUGAGUGGAGUUCUUACAGAUCAGGGCAAAAAACACUGUGUGACAGUUGUUACAGCAGAUUGAAUUUGCGCUGUCUGGGCUUGUUGGGGUUUGCAAGGAUAUGCAGUAGAAGGAAGCGUGCUUUUCUUCUAUGUGUAUGUGUUUUUUAGUGACUAAAGGGAAGAUUCCAUGCAUGUGUUGCUCACUGAAGUGUGUGUGCAUGUUUACAAAUCUGUCGUCUGUGUGUGCACAUGCAUCUGAGUUUUAGUCUGAAUGUGAGUGUGUGCCAGGGCGUGGAGGAAUCUGACGCACGUGUGUUGGGCAGGACUCACUGUGUGGGUGGAGGGUGUGUCUGGUGCAGGAUUCUCUCCAUGUCUUUAUCUUUAUCCAUUUCCAGAUCACAUUACUAUACGCUGGUGACACCGCUCCCACUAACACUGUUGGCCAUAGCAACAGGCUUUAUUUAUAGGAGUAACACUGACCCCUGCUGGAGAAGGUGACGCAGUGUCAGUUAUUGCGGGGUUCAUACCUCAAGGAAAGAAGUAUGCUCAAAUACGAUAGAUGAUCAUAUCUGGAUGAGUCAAUUGGAUAAGUAAGACUACCCACCAUAAGUGUCCCAGCCAGCUACAUGAACAGUUUUAAACCUGUCCUGGCUUUUAAAAAUUCCAGGCACAGGUCCAGUUUUCAUGUUUGCCAGAAAUGUUUUGUGACGAUUAGAGAGUUUUCUCAUACAUAUUGUGGGUUACAUGCUUUGCAUGGUUCAACUGCGGGGAAAUGUGGUGUAAGAUUAAGAUCAGAUUGCAGGUUUUGGUACAGUAAAGCCUCAUAUUUGUUUUUAAAAUAUUGUGCGUUAGUGUGUGUUUGUGGACUCGUGCACAUCUGUGUUUAUGAUUGGUAAACAUGCCUAAAUCAACAGAAAAUGCAAACCUCUAUUCAAAUGUAAGCAACAAAUUGGCAGUAAGCUUGCCGGACAUGCAAGAUUUAAGUCCUUAACGCUUUAUGAUAAAUCACACAUGGGACAACAACUAUGCUUUUUUUCUGUCGCUUUAUACCGGAAAGAUUUAUUACAGCUCAAAUCCAAAUUAUUUUCCAUUAUCUCUCUACUUUCUCAUCUCUCCAAAUGCAUUUGUCAUUUCACGUACCUUCUCAUUUCUCGCCGAGUUGUUGCUCUCAGAGCUCCAUUCAUUUUGGAAGCAGUGUUUGAGAAGAGAGUUGUGAGUGAAUACAGAGUCUCCUAUAACACACACACACACACACACACAAACACACACACAUACAGACCGCUACUGCUACUACUACUGUUAGUUCUUACUGUCUGCUCACUGCUAGCUGGUUAUUUUUGGCGAAGAGACCAGCAGCAUUGGUUUAUUGACUUGUAAAGGUUGAAUAAGCUUUAGUUGCCUCAGGGCAACUUCUCACUGUCUGUCGGACGGCUGGGUAACUCCAGCUUUCAUAGAGGGGGAGAAUAGAAGUGACUUUACACCAAUGGUUACUGUGAGACAGCAGACACACACACACACACACACACACACACACACACACACACAGAGCCUCAUUCACAUGGUCAUUAAGUCAUUAGGCUACUUAUUUAUUGAUGUCUGCCUCCAGAGCGACUGAGCAUGUCAGGCGAUCUUCUAACCGCCUGGGAGAGUAUGUCCUGACCAUAUUAGUCCAUAGUAUGAUUCUGUCUCCACUCUGGAUUUAUUUAUCUAUCUACUGUAACUUUUCACUUCAUCCACGUAAAGAUACGUUUGGAUGGAGACUUUUUUCUAUGUGACUUUACGUAAGUGUGCUGAUUUAUGUGCUUAAAGGAUGAUAGAAUGUUGGCAUAAUGGACAGAAUAAGGCUUUAAAAAAAAACUCAGUUAUCCAUGUGUUUCAUCAGUUGCCCCGAGUGUGUUAGUCAUGUGAUCGAGCCUACAGGAAGUGCGAUUGAAUGUUGCAUGUUUAUACUUUGACCGGCCCAGUCAAAAAUGGGAGCUUUCACAGAAAGGAACCAGUCUGAGAGGACGGCUGCAGAAGGGGAGGGAGGUAUGGAGGGAAGGAGAAAAGGGGGGGAGGGAAGACAGAGAGCUAGAGAGAGAGACAGAGAGAGAGAGAGAGAGAGAGAGGGAGGGUGGGGGGUUGUCAUCGCUCGCUCAUUCCAAGCUCUGGAAGUUGAGAAGGAGAAGAAGAGAAAAAUAAGUUGCUGCUUUAAGAAAGAGAGGAGAGAUAGAGAGAGGGUUUGGAUCAGUGAGCUGCUCAGCUUUGUUUUUUCCCCCUCCCCUCCUCUCUCUUUCAUGGGCUCCUAAUUUGGGAUUUGUUUAAAAGCAGGACUGCGCCUCAAGAAGACUUUUCCUUGCUGGGGAAAGGGAACCCUGCUCCCUCUCUCUGGCAUUAUACAAACCUGCACAUACUCACUUGCUCCCCAAAAUGUCUGAUUCCACUGUCAACGCUCACUUGGAAGGGAUCAUAUCAGACUUUGAAGCACUGAAGCGGUCGUUUGAGGUGGAGGAGACGGAUUCAUCCGCACACUCUUCACCCCUGACUCGUCGGAACACCAACCCCCUCCGCUCAUCCACCUCCUCCACAUCCAGCCAGCGGAGCUACGACCUGAGCUCCCGCAACUCCGACUACUCCUCUUCCAGAUCCUCCCCCUCCGAGUCCUCCAACCCACGCUCCCCAAAGACCGGCAUGAGGCGCAUGGAGUUGCCAGGGGGUCGUAACCCUGACGCGGCCUCGUCCCGCCGCACAGAGAUGUCCAUUGAGGUUUCCUCUAAGCAGAUUGACAACUCACCUAGUGCCGGCAUCGCCCGCUUUGGUCUCAAGCGCCCUGAGGUCAGUUUGAGCAGUCGGAGUACUCCACUGGACAGCUCCUCCAACUCCACCUCUAGCUCCAUAAGCAAGCGGGCAGAGCUCAGCAUGACGCGGCCCCACGAGCCCCCCGCCCCUCCCAAGAGGGUGGACGCCCAGCUGUCCUCGGCCCCGAUCUCGAGGAUCCCCGAGCCCCCUCAGAGAAGAGCAGAGCCCCCGUCCCCGAGCAUCAGCCCGGUCGAGGGGGCCUCGAGGAGGCCGGAGAUGCCCGUCUUCAGGCAGCCGGACGGUUUGGUGCCAAGCGGUGCAGCAGUGGAGAACAGCAACAACAACAACCACCAGCCGCCUCCUGCACCUAGUACUCCCCUGCCCUCCCUGACUGAGCCAAGGGUGGAGAGGAUGCAGUCCCCGGUCGCAGAGCCACCCACAGCCCGACCAACAGACAGGCCCGAGGUGAUUCCCAGCUACAGCAGCAGUGCCAUGUCUGAGGCGGUGGUGCCUGAUGCUAUGGUGGCCCCAGCAGUGGGGGGGCCGUACGGGGAGAAGGCCGGCGGCCCCGGGGUGGACUUCAGUUACGUGGGCAUUGACGCUAUUCUGGAGCAGAUGAGGAGGAAGGCCAUGAAGCAGGGUUUUGAGCUCAACAUCAUGGUUGUGGGACAGAGUGGCCUGGGAAAGUCUACUCUGAUGAACACGCUGUUCAAGUCUAAAGUCAGCCGUAAGUCGGUGCUGGCUACAGCCCAGGAGAAGAUCCCCAAAACAAUCGAAAUAAAGUCCAUCAGUCAUGACAUCGAGGAGAAGGGAGUGAGAAUGAAGCUGACAGUCAUUGACACACCAGGUUUUGGAGACCAGAUCAACAAUGAGAACUGCUGGCAGCCCAUCAUGAAGUUCAUUAAUGACCAGUACGAGGCGUACCUGCAGGAGGAGAUCAACAUCAACAGGAAGAAAAGGAUUCCAGACUCCAGAGUCCACUGCUGCAUAUACUUCAUCCCCCCGACCGGACACUGUCUGCGGCCUCUUGAUGUAGAAUUCAUGAGACGUCUCAGUAAGGUGGUCAACAUUGUCCCAGUCAUCGCCAAGGCCGACACACUCACCCUGGAGGAGAGGGACUUCUUCAAAAAGAAGAUCAGGGAAGAGCUGCGAGCCAACGGGAUCGACGUGUACCCUCAGAAAGAAUUUGACGAGGAUGCCGAGGACAGAAUGAUCAAUGAGAAGAUCAGGGAGAUGAUCCCAUUUGCUGUGGUGGGCAGCGACCAGGAGUACCAGGUCAAUGGCAGGAGGCUGCUGGGGAGGAAGACCAAGUGGGGAACCAUUGAAGUUGAGAACAUAGCCCACUGUGAGUUUGCCUAUUUACGGGAUCUCCUCAUCAGGACCCAUAUGCAGAACAUUAAGGACAUCACCAGCAGCAUCCACUAUGAAAUGUACCGCGUGAGGCGCCUCAAUGAGAACAACACGGUGGUGGCUCAUGCCAACGGUGUGCCAGAACAUCGUCUUGCCGCCCACGAGAUAUAGACGCCAGCUGCCUGACUGCAGUUGACCCUCAACUGGGUGUAAUUCAUUUGCUAUGAGACUUUGACCAUCAUUGACAGUCUUCCACCACUCCAGCCCUCCACUCCAUCCAUCUCACAGGUGGGAUAGAAACUUAAACGCCUGCCAGAGGGACUUUAUUUUCAGUGACUGUCGGCGGCUGAAUGGACUGUUCAUGUCAGUUUAUUGCCUCAUUAAUAAAACACUAUCGUCUCAACUGUCGCUGACAAAGAGAGUGAAGAGAUGUUGGAUUCUUCUUCAUGGGCUGCAUCUAGAUUUUACCUGCUUCCAAAUCUUACGGUUAACUUUCUUGGUUUUUCUUUGUGGUGCCAAACAUUAAGGCAUCUGCCAAACAGAAACGACUUACACUUAAUAUCUUUCAUUGUCAGAGUUGCCUUAACCAGUAACGUGUUAUAAUCCUCAACUUUUUCUUCUAAGUUUGAUGUUUUUUUAGCAGUGCUUAUAAUUCAGUAUUGCACUUGAUAACUACAUUGUCUGCCAUUGACAAGCAUGCCAACAUGCGACGCACAUACAGUCAUACCUGUCUGUCUGUAUGAUGCAGCGUCAGUCAGCUCCCUCACCCGAGGUAAACAUAAAAAGGUUAUCGACCAGCACAUCAUUUGUUUGUUUCUUUUUUGUCACAAGCUGUGUUUUGCUUUAACUGUUUGUUAAAUGUUAAAUAUGGAUGUCGGUACGUUGGCGUCCUCCUAAAUUCCCUUUAAUGUCAUUGUUUAUUAAUAGAAAUAUCUUAAGAGUGAUUUUAAGAUGAAUAAGUAUUUAUGCAUGAUAUAAAAUGUGAAAGUUUAUCAUCAGUUGUGGUCCACUUAAUCAGAUUAUUCACACAUGCACACACAGAUACACACACUCAAACACAUACUUGCUUUCGGGCCCAUUGUAGUGCCUUAUUUAUUGGAGUGUUUUAUAGCAUUUUGGCUGAAACUGGAAAGAGAGCAGGUUUGUUGGUGCCAAGUUGACUACAUUUGGUUAUUUUUCAAUCUUUUUCUUGUUUAUCUCCAGUCUUCCAUUGACCAGCCCACUUUUUUUGUCUAUUUCUCAUGAUAUACCACGGAUCUUUAUCAGUUUGAACCAUAUAUGUUUCCCUAAAAGCUGUCACUGUCAUGCUCUGUGCUGUAUAUUCUUCUGUGUUCUCAUACAUUUUUUUGUACUUGUAUUAUUGAUAAUAGCACAUUGUCUUUUAUCUUAUUUUAAAGAAAUAAAGAUUAAAGUUGUAAAUA